AUGAUCCUUACUCAAACACGUACAAUCCGGGGUGGAGAAAUCAUCCUAAUUUCAAGUGGAGCAACAAUCCAAAUGUGCAACAAUCUCAAGGACCUCCCCCAGGAUUUCAAAUACAACAAAGGCAAUUCCAGCAAGCUCCCCAAUGACUGCAAGAGCAAAGGGGUGAUCAAAUGGGAGAAUUGCAAGACAUUGAACAAGCUAGAAGUGCAAGUUGGGCAGGUUGCAUCCUCCUUGAGCAAUAGAGCAUCCGGAACAUUUCCAAGCCAAACGGAGGUAAAUCCAAGACAUCAAGAGCAUGCUAAAGCAGUACACAUCUUGAGAAGUGGUAAACAAGUUGAUAAUAAGGUUGGAGAUGCCAAUGAAGAGCAAGAAGAUGGAGAACACGUGGAGAUCAUUCAGCCACCACAUGGGCAGCCCACAGCUUCCUACAAACAGUCCCUCAAUCCUUCUAGAAAGAGCACAAACCCUAAGGUAUCAUCUAAUAUUAAUCAAGUUCCAAUUUCAACUAAUGCUUUUAGGCCUAUUGCACCCUUUCCCAGCAAGUUAUCAAAGUCAAAGAAAGAUCAAGGCUUGGAUGAGAUAAUGGAAACAUUCAAGAAGGUGCAAAUCAACAUCCCAUUGCUCAAUGCCAUUGCUCAGAUUCCAAAGUAUGCAAAAUUUUUGAAGGAUCUAUGCACUAACAAGAGGAGAUUGAAAGAGCAUGAACAAGUUGCAUUGAGUGAAGAGAAACUUAACCUUGGUGCGUUGCAAGCCACAACUAUGAGCAUUCAAUUGGCAGAUAGAACUAUUCGGUACCCCAAGGGCAUUCUAGAAGACAUUUUGGUGAACGUAGAAGGUUUAAUCUUGCCAGCUGAUUUCUUAGUCUUGGAGAUGGAAGAAGCACCAAUUCCUGACAAUGAAUUGCCCCUUAUCUUUGCCCGACCCUUCAUGGAUACUGCUAAGACCAAGAUUGAUAUAGAGCAAGGCACUCUCACCAUGACCAUUAAUGGAGAAACUAUUGCCUUCAAAGUGUUUGAUGCCCUGAAGCCAAAUGUUGUACAAGAUUGUUUUCAAAUUGAAGUAUUUGGUAAUCUAGGAAAAGAGAGAUUUGAUGGCCUUCCAUAUUCAGUAGAAUCAUGCUUGCUGGAAAUAGGAGACAAGGAGAAGCAGGGGGCAGCCCACAUGUUCAAUACUAUGAUUCCCACAUACAAGAAGGGGCUGCCCAAAUUUGGAGAUGUGAAUAUUCCAAUCAUUCCUAUAAUUCAUUGUGAUUCUAUUCAUAAACAGAAAAGGAAAAGAAAAGCAGCAAGGAAGCAAUGGAAAAGGAAAACAAGCUUAGUGAACUCUCUUGCAUUGCAUGAGGUUGAUUGA